CUCCGCGGGGCGUCUAAUUGGCAAGCUGCGCCGUCGAGCGCCGACGAGCGCCGUCGAGCGGCCGGUCGGCGCCGGCGGCCUCGGCCGCCGACGGCACACUAUCGAUCGCACUUGUUGAUUCGUUUCGGCCGCAAUAGAUGGCGGUGUCGGCGGCAGCGGAGCGCCGGUGGCUGCGGGCUGCGGCGGCGCAGUGCCGGACGGCGGCGUCCGCCCGGGAGCCGCCCGCUGACGGGCCGCCGGUCGCGCCGCGGGCGUCAACAUGCGCCAUGUCGGCUAGCCGUCGCUGGGCUGAGGAGUACGUGACCGUGCUGCUGCCGGAGGUGCGGAGCGCGCGCAGUGCGGUGCAGGCGCUGGCGCUCAGUCUGAGCCGGUCCGGCCGGCUGGCGUUCUACGGCGCCCUGCUGACGCUGCUGGCGGCGUCUUUCAGCGCGCCGCUGCUGCGGGCCCUCGGCUGCGCCGGCUGCGUCGUCCUGUCGACGGCGGCGGCCACUUUGACGCUCGAGUCGCUCGGUGGCCGGCACCUGUACCUGGUGCUGUGCGCAUGCGCGCUGGGCGAGCUGCUGCAGCUGGUGUGGCCAGGUGUGCGUCUGCCAGUGCUGGCCGGCGCGCUGCUGGUGCUGGGACCGCGCGGACGGGACGCCCGCCUGCUGGCCACCGCCGCGCUCUGGCUGCUGGUCUCGGCCGGCCGACAGCAGCUGGUGGCACCCUUGCUUUAUCUGUUGGCCGCCGGCGGCGGCGCGCUCGCGCUCUGGCUGCGCGUGCAGCUCUCGGUGGUUCGCUGUGAGCCGGUGGGCGUGGACGGCCGGCCGCUGACGCUGCGUCGUCACCGCGCCAGCGGCAGUGUCUCCUGGAGCGGCGGCAUGGGGCCCAAGAUGAGGCGCACUUCGCUGCCGGCCAUCUCUGUGCAGCGGAGCCAGCUGCCGAUCGCCGUUCAGGCCGUUAACGCCAGCACGAGCGCGGCCAUCAUCGCCGAGUCGCACGGCAUCGUCACCGACCUGCUGGUGGACAGCUCUGCCGCGGCGCUGCCGCCGCACAUCCUCUCCGGCCUGCACACGUUGGCGCAGCUGCUGGAGCCGCCCAGCCACCCGGCGGGCCGACAGCAGCCGCCGCUGCCCGCCCUCCUGCGGCUCGACGAUGCGCUCAGCUCGAGCACCGAUGAGAUCCCCUUCACGGGCGAGACGGCCGGCAAUCUGCAGGCGAGGAAGCGGUCCGUGCACCCGUCCAUGCUGCGGCGCAUGUCGUGCUCCAUGUGGUCAACCACCACCUCCGCCACGGGGAUGCCCACCAUCGAGCCGGAGCCUCCCAACCGGCGGCGGGCCACCAGCUUCCGAAAUACCGUCGAGAUCUCCCCGGCCACAUCGCCGUCACAGAGCUCGGCCAACCUGGUCAGUCUGGGUCACGAGACGCCACCGACCGGCCCCACGGGGCUGGGCAAGCCGCGCAGUUUGUCGGUCAGCUCCCUGCAGCCGUUCAGCCUGCGGCACCGGCUGCGGGAGGUGCGCCGGCUGCCCAUGUCGCCCGCCGCCGACGACGAGCCGCGCCGCCUCAGCGACGACGACGCCAUUCCCGAGCUCGACGAGCGCUCCUCGCUCACGGCGCGAGUGGCUGUUUCGCGGAGUCCGAGUCCGAGCAGGAAGGCGGCGCCGACCGGGCCCUCCACGACGCCGCCGCCGCCCUCGACGACGCCUCCCCCUCCGCCGCCGCCGCCCCCUCCGCCGGCCACCUUAGCGCCGGCGCCGCCCACCACGCCGGUCGUAACAGGCAAGCUGGGCUUCUCGCCGCGGAAACUGAGCGUCCUACAAGAGGAGCCUACUGCUGGCGGAAGUACCGGCGAGGCCGACCAGCUCUGUGACCGAUGUCGGCAGCGGGGCGCGCAGCGACCGUCACCGCCUCGAUGUGCGCUCUGCCACGCCGAGCCGCGUCACCAGUGUGCCCUGUGUCUGGCGCACCAGCGCAGGAGGCCCAGUGAGCCGUACCUGCGCGUGUGCAACCACAGCAGUGGGCCGCGGCGACACAGUGCCAACCUCGAGUGCACGAUGCGGCACGGCGCGGGCGACGGCCGCCGGGGUCCGCACGGCGGCUGGCACUGCCGAGUGGCGGCCCGGGACUGUCGGAUACCGCUCAGUCCGACGCGCUGCUGUGAUGUGGUCGGCGCAGAGUUCGACCUCAUCCAGGAGGUGACGCGAGAGGAGGACGAACACGAGACCGACAAGAGCACACACGAGGAGCCCACGGACGACAAGACGAUCCUGUUGGCUGACGGCUCGCGCUACAACACGGACUUCCUGCAGACGGACCCGCUGCUGGCCAGCAUCCAUCUGUGGGACUACCCGAUCUUCGACCUGGAGCGGCAGGCCGGGAACCUGAUGCUCAGUCAGGUGUGCUACCGGGUUUUCCACGACACCGGCCUCCUAGAAACGUUCCGAAUUCCUCUUCAGGAGUUCUUCAACUACUUCCAUGCCCUGGAAAUGGGAUACCGAGAUAAGCCCUACCAUAAUCGUAUGCACGCGACCGACGUGCUUCAGGCAGUGUACUACCUGACGUCGCAGCCGAUCCCGGGCUUCCAAGUGCUGCCAGAGGACGACAUGGAGCCAGAGAAGGAUGAGACGUGUAGCAGUCCCGGCCUCGGACAGCGGCAGACGUUCGCUGCCGAGGAGUCGUAUGGAGUGAUGGGCGCCAACUUCCCCGCACUGGAACUAAUGGCACUCUACACCGCUGCGGCCAUGCACGACUUCGAUCACCCGGGCAGGACCAACGCCUUCCUCGUCACGACGAUAGCGCCGCAGGCGGUGCUGUAUAACGACCGGUCGGUGCUGGAGAACCACCACGCGGCCGCCGCCUGGAGCCUGUUCCUGUCUCGCGCCGAGCACAACUUCCUCUGCCAUCUGGAGAGGUCCGAGUUCAAGCGCUUCCGCUUCCUGGUCAUCGAGGCCAUCCUGGCGACGGACCUGAAGCGGCACUUUGAGAUCCUGGCAGAGUUUACCUCCAAGUUCCAGAACUCGGAAGGUACCGACUGGCGCUCGGAGACGGACCGCCUGCUCGUAAUGGAGAUGGCCAUCAAGCUGGCCGACAUCAACGGCCCGUGCAAGGACUUCCCGCUGCACUACCAGUGGACGCAGCGCAUCGCAGAGGAGUUUUAUGAACAGGGCGACGAGGAGCUGGCGCUGGGCCUGCCCGUAUCGCCCUACAUGGACCGGAAGAACCCGCAGCUGGCCAAGCUGCAGGAGUCCUUCAUCAACCACCUAGUCGGCCCCAUGUGCAACGCCUACUACGAGUCCGGCCUGAUGCCAGGAAUCUGGGUGGAAAACGAGGAGUCGCCCGACAGCAGCUCAUGUCCGUCCGACUCUGACGAUGACGAAGAGAAACCUCCGCGCCGGAGGAACGUGUUCUGCAUUCAGACGGAGCACCUGAUGGCCAACCACGCCCGCUGGACGGACGUUAUACGGGAGGAGCAGUCGGCGCGCGAUGUGUCAGUGUCGGUGUCAGUGUCAGUGUCAGCGGCGCCCUCCGGCGGCCCCUCGGAGGCACGGCUCGAGGAUGACGGCUCGGAGAGCUCGCUCCACGAGGAGACGGCCGAUGAAAUGGAGACUAUCACUGAGGAGCGCUCCCCCUCGCCUGGCUCCCGCCGGUUUAGCUAUGACCAAGACUCGAAGCUAUGAUUAGUGCGAACUCUCGUUAGUGGUGUCUCCAAGUGGUUCUCAAACCGCCUGAGGCCGCGGUCCGGUGCCGCGUCCACCUCAGCUGCCGGCAGUGAGACCACAGCGCCCGCCGCGGCGCCGGCGCCAACCGCUAGUGCGCGCGGCGGCCGCCAGGGGCGGUCGAGUCGCCUCAGCCGUGCGUGGACUCGACCCGCUAACGAGAGUUGAUAUUGCCUGAAGACGCUGCGCCAGCGCGCUCGGUGUGCGGGAUGUGUGACGUGCCAUCGCGGACGGCGGGAGAGUGACGAGGCCAGCCCGCCGGCCGCCCACAGGGUAACAUGAACCCUCAUCGCUCGCUCUCGGCGAGCGAAUCGCUAUACUCUUCCUGGGGUGACAACUGUUAUUUGCGCUUUGUGCUCGAGCCCGAGCCGCGACUCGGCAUGUAACAAGUCUGCGUGUAUGCUCCUGUGUUCUGUUCGCGCCUCGUCCGAUAGAGCCCGUAGAGGACCUCUAAACUCAGGUGUUCUGGUCAUACGAUGUCGAUGUUCCAGAUUGGAGGCAUGCCUCAAAACUCGCCUCGGAGUGAGAAUCUCUUACAACGAACUCAUUCAGAACGCGAGAAUCUCGAUGGUAUUCAUUGGUGCGGGGCAGAACGCGCCCUUACGAUAUCUGCGCCAGUUUCUGUAUCAUGAUUUGGCAUCUCCAUACUGUCCGUUGCGUUUAGCGCUCUAUUAACUCGCUGGUCGGGCCAGUGUCGUGCCGGUCUCCGGUCAUAUCGCAGCCAGCGACGCUUGUGGCGCUUUCGACCGCUCGCGGUGGUCUACAGUAUUCACCGCGGCGGGCGGGCCGCGCUAACCGAGCGGCAGAUCGCCGUGAGCGUACCGCCGGCCAUCGCCGACCGGUUUCUAUCGAUGUCCACGUUUGUUAUAUAUCGAUGUUUUUGCCUAUCGAUGUCGACUGUCGUACUUCUGGUUGUCCGUUCAGAGCUCCGAGCGGACACGUACAAACUGGGCGCUGCAACGCCGGCGACCGGUUAUCGAGCCCCGCCGACCGGUCCUGUGGUCCGUACCGCGGUCCUGCGGUCCUGUCGGUGGUCUGCGGCCGGUCCUCGGACCACAGUGGACCGCGGUCCGAGAGCCCGCUCCUCCAGAGACGCGCUGGCUACCGCCUGCUGGUCGGACAAGGCCCGCGCGUAUCGCACUGCUAAUAUACAUGUGACGUAUA